AUGACAGCGUCAACUUCUGCUGCUACCAAUACUAUGGUUUCAUCCUAUAUUAUUGAUACUUCUACUACUACUACUUUUAAUACAGAAGAUGCAAGUGUGGCUACUUCUACUACUGCUGCCUCUGCUUCUACGACAGCUGCUACAAGCACUACAGACGCUACAAGUUUCAGAAAUAGUGUUGAUAAAAAUACAACUCGUGAUUUCAGACGCGGGAAAAUCAAUAGCAGUGGUGACAGCUUGCGAAUGAAAAAGAAAAAAAACAUUUUCCAGUUAACUCCUAUAAGUCAAGAACUUUACAACAAUCUGGGUAGAAAUGACGUCAUAAACAACAACAACAACAACAACAACAACAGCAGCAACAACAACAACAACAGUAACAAACACAACAACAACAACGACAUCAAUUACAUCAACGGCAACAAAUUUCUAGAAAGAAACAACACGCAUCGAUGUUUUCUCGAGCUAGUUAAGAUAUUUGGUUAUGACCUUAAUAACAUUAACAACAACGACAACAUUAAUAACAAUAACAACAGCAUUAAUAACAUCAACAUUAACAACAACAACAUUAACAACGAUAACAACAACAAAGCGAAAAUGAACAAUGACUCAACAACAUCAGUCAAAUCAAAUGGAUCACAUCGUCAUCCAUUGAAAGCAAAAGCCCACAGUGAUAAUAUCAGCGACGCAAACAAAGAAGAAGAAGACGAAGAAGAUGAAGAUGAUGAUGAUGAUUACGACGGCGAUGAUGAUGAUGAUGAUUACAUCAAACGCCAUCCUGAUAAUGAUGAUGAGGGCGAGAAUGAUGAUGAUGAUGGUCACCAGGUCCAAACUGACCCAAUUAUUUCGACCAAUGGGAGGCGAUCUUCGGAGACUCAGACAUCGCCAACCAUUGAAAUGAACUUGACCUACUUACGCGAAAAAUAUCGAGAAAGGUCAAGGAUGGAUAACGACGCUGAUAGUUCAAAUUAUGCUAAUGAGGAAUAUUACAAUGUUUUGGCUUGUUAUGAUAAUGAAGGAAGGGUUAUGAAUAGUAAUAAGAAGAGAAAGUUAAUGAGAUGCAAAUCAUUUCCAUUGUCGUUUAGAGAAAAUCAAAUGAUCUUAUUCGAGAUUUUACAAAAAAAUCCUAAACAAAAUUCUCAACAAAAUUCUCAACAAAAUUCUCAACCAAAUUCUCAACAAAAUUCUCAACAUAAUCGUUCCUUGCAACAAAAUCAAUUAGGACUACGUAGUCAUCAGUUGCUUCAGCAAAUUCAGCAAAUGAACCAAAACCUUGAAACACAACACACCAGUGAAUUACAACUACCUUUCAAGGUCUAUAGACAAGCCAAUCCUCCAAAUCAGACCACUGAACUCUGCGCCAGCAGCCUUUAA